GCUCUCCGUUCUCACAGAGCGCUGUAUUGAGUGUUUGCAUUGUGUCUGAACGCCGGAGAGCUUUAAAAAAUAUACCAACAGCAGCAAUGUCGGGCAGGUCAGUUCGCGCAGAGACCAGGAGCAGAGCGAAAGAUGAUAUCAAGCGGGUUAUGGCCGCUAUUGAAAAAGUACGAAAAUGGGAGAAGAAAUGGGUAACGGUUGGAGACACGUCCCUCCGAAUCUUCAAGUGGGUCCCUGUAACAGAGCCCAAGACUGACGAGAAGAGCAAGAGCAAGAAGAAAGGGAAAGAUGAGAAGUGUGGCUCGGAGGUCACGACCCCGGAGAACAGCUCCUCUCCUGGAAUGAUGGAUAUGCAUGAUGAUAACAGCAAUCAGAGCUCCAUCGCAGAUGCCUCUCCCAUAAAGCAGGAGAACAGCAGCAAUGCAAGCCCAUCCCCAGAGCAGGUCCCUGCUUCCCAGGGAGAGAGUUCCGAAGCCAAGCCUGAAGAGAUCCAGCCCUCUGCAAAAGACCAGACCAGCCCAGAGGGCAAGAAUCCCAACUCAUUAGAAAACUCUGGAACCAGCCCAGAAAAGGCAGAAGCACAGCCUUCGGGAGACAAAGAUUCCUCCUCAGAAGUAGCCAAAACCACUCAGGAAUCUGAAGAAGGUGCGCCACCUUCUAAAAAGGUUAAAACUGAGACAGCCCAGCCCGUCUUUGAGGAGAGUUAAACUGUUGGAAGGGUUUCCCUGCAAGGCACACUAACUGGGUCCCCGAGGAGCCACAGUCGUUCUGGAAAUUCUCUCCUACUUGCCAAGAACAAACUUGUCUUCUCCGUGACGGCCAGCUCCAGUCCCUACACCAUCGGGAACGACGGGAAGAACUUCACCUGUGAAAAUAGAAGCUAACGACAUUCAAACGUAACAUUUCUUCUCCGCGUUCCUUUUGUUCUGUGAAAUGGUUUGAAGUUCUCAGGAGGGUCUGCGCACUGUUUUUAAAUGUCAAGGUCACAGUUUAUUCUGCUGCUGUAGCAGGGCUGGAAAUUAGACUCCCAUUGCAUGGCAGUCUGAGCCAUUCCUAGUUUUACUACAAGGUCAACAGAACACACUUGAGCGUGUUACCCAUACACUGGCUAAUCAAGCUCCUAGUAAAAACUGGAAUGUGUGAAACUGCUAUGCGACAGGAGUCUUAUUUCCCUCUCUGUGUAGUUUUGUUGUGUUUUUUUUUUUAAUUUUUGCUUUAUUUAAUAAAGUAAGAUAUUUAAAGGAUGGUACAGGUCAUGCAUUUAGCUUUUCAUGUGAAGUUUAUAGUUUGUAGCAUAGUUUCUGCUUCAUUGAAUUCCUUUGUUUUGUGUUUUAUUUUGCCACUGUUACCCUACAGUAUAUUUAUUUUAAUUGGCUUUGAUUCUUUUUUACCUUUUUAUAACAGAUACAAUUAAACAGUAGCACUAAAGUGUUUCUGAAUCAUGUGCAUGUAUUUUUUUUUAAGGAAUAGUGAUCAAGUUUAAUUAAACAAAAUGCUGACCGGUGGUAAUUGCAUUUGGCAUUAACUUCCAAUGAUUUUAUAUCAUUCAGAAAACACAUUCAUUAUUGCUGCCGAGUUGUAGACUUUAGCAUUCCUGGAGCAUUGCCACAUUGUGCCAGUAUGUCAUGCAAUGCAAUCUUAACUGAGAAUUUAACUCUGUUAGCUUUGAGAUUCCCACUCUAAACAACGACGCCUGUGCAGACUUUGUGUAAUGUAAUUGAACUGUGGUUUUAAUCCACAGUAAUAACAACAGUGUACAAUUUUUUAUUUUUUUUUCCUAAGCUGAUGGCAAGAAAAAUAAUCACUGGCUGUGAGCAAGAACUAACAAACCCAACCCGUAGUUUUGAAAUAUUAGCAUGUAUCGUUUUAAUAGCAAAACAGAAAUGAGCCAAUGGUUGUUUGUCCUUUUUUUCAAAUAAAGUUUAAUAAAUGUGAUUUGUGAGAAAAAAGGAAAUGGACAAGUAUAAUUCCAGGAAGUUUGAUUUAUAGCAACAUUCUGUAACCUUAAUAAUUUCACAGUGGAAAAGAGGGGCUGCCGUUCUUGCAUCCAGCCAGCACGGCUUGAAUAAAGCAGCAUGGUGAAUGGGUGUAUUAUUAAUAGCUGUACUACUGCAUAUUUACUUGACGUGGUUGAUUUCUGUUUUAUUUUGUUUCAAUAUGUAUAUUUCGUUCCAGAAUAGAUAUUUUUUUAAAAAACUGAUACACAUUUUAUAGGGAACGCUGAACUUGUAGUCUGAGUUCCUGCAGCCCAUUACAAGUCAUGUGAUAGACGUACACACUGUAGGAAAAAAAUAUUAUCCUGCGUUUAGUUGAUGUUUUUGCAUUGUGUUUUUAGAAAAAACAAUAACAUUUUUGUGACAGUGUUAUUGAACAACAAAGUCACUAAAUUAUCUUUUAAUUAAAAAAAAAAAAAAAAAAAAAAAAAAAAAAAAAACAUAGGGUACAAGAAAGGCAACACUAAAGUACCUGGUGAGUUUCUGAAUCCUUUUCCCCGUUGUAUAAUUUAUGUGAAAUACAGUACGAUGUGUGUGUGUGUGUGUGUGUGUUGCGUAUACACAGUUUUACAUUGUGUGAUAGACAGGUACAGGGUUCUCUUACUACAAACUUAUGUAGGUCCCUGUUCGGUAAAAUGCAGCUUCUGAUGUCUAAAAUGUUAUUUUUAAUAUAUAGUAUUGACAUUUCUGUACACUCCUGUUCCUUUUAAAAUGAGUUUGUAACACUGGACUGUGAUACUGUUUUUGAGCCUCUUCCUGUAGUUCUACAGCACUGCGUCUGUAUGGAAACUGUGGUGCACUGCUUUCCUUUAAAAUCCAUUGUUGUGUUUAAUUGUAAAGUUGUAAUUGUUCCUCAGCUAUAAGGGGCAUGCAAAUACCUCAGUCACGGUCCCGAAGUGCUGGCACUUACAGCUAACGUGUCUACAACACAGUAUGUGAUUUCACUGCUCAAUAAUUGCACAUUAACAAUAAUAAAACAAAUAAAUCCCUUAAAUGAUUGUUAAGGGAUCCCUGUAGAGAUAUCUGCUAAAUCUCAGUUGUUUUUAACCCUUUACCUGCAAAUCACUGGUCCCUUUUUAAGAUUUUGCUUUGUCACCAUCUUCAAUAGUACUGUGUGUUGUACAGCAGUAAUGAGUUUUAUUUUCACUUAUUUAUUCUAUCAGUAGCUAUUGGUUAUGCCAUGUACAAUGAUUUUGUUUUAAUAAAAAAAGUCACAAAACAA